AAAUGAUGCACAUUGGUUCCAUACUAACUAUUUUCUGCGUUGUCAGUGUGGGUUAUGCAGCAGACCCAGUUUUCACAUUUGUCUGGAAAGACUGUGCUACCAAUUUUCUCGAAGUUACAAUUGAUCCGUCAAGUUCAACUGGCUCCGUCAGAUUUAAUUUUGUCGAUGUAACUACAAGUACAAAGGUGGCAACUGAAAUUCAGGAUUACGGAACUACUGUGGUUUAUACUGUUCCGGAUACUUUGGAUAAUUCUGUAGAAAACAAAGUUAAUGGUCGUGGUUUUCGAUUUGCACUUCCAAAAUGUGGUGGUGGACAACACGAGCCACAUAUGACGACCUUUGACGGUUACAAGUUCAAUUCCAACGGUUACUGUUCUUACACCUUGGUCAAAAGUUGCGAUGAAACCAUUUACCCUGACUUUGAAGUCACUGCUGAUUUCAGAGGAAAAGACCACCCGUAUGAACCUCCAACAUUUAUGGUUGCAUUUAACGUAACCUCAAAUGAGAAGGAACUGAUCAGAAUCAAUGAAGACGACUCUAUACUAAUUGGAGGGAAACCGAUGAACAACUCGUUGGCAAUAAUUGAUAAUAAUAUCGGCCAUAUAAAAAAGGAAAAAGGUACAAUCACAGUCUAUCUGAACCAACUUGGAUUCACUCUUAAUGGAAGAGACGUGGACAUCGGAUGUCUAUUACAUUAAAUGACAACAACCUACAUGGGCAUGUAUGCGGACUUCUAGGAAAUGCUGAUGACAAUCCAAAGAACGACUUUAUAACACCAGAUGGGCAAAGGACAUUUGACUCUGAGGUUUUCAGUAAUAGUUGGCAGAUACCUGGCAGUUGCCCCUAACUGGACAGUUCUUCAUCCGUGACAUACACGAAGAAAUCCAGGUUAUGACCAUGACACAUACUAUUAAACAACUUUUCUUAAGUAGUCAUAAUAAACCAUAAACUUUGAUUAGGUUUCACUUUAGAAUAUCUAUGUGGAUAUUGAUUUUAACACAACUCAAUGCUUAAUACAUGUUACAUAUUGUUGACAUGCUAAUAAACUUCAUCAAAAUA